AUGCAAGUGAAAGCUUUUGCAGCCGGGCUUUCGUCGGCGCCCAAAUUUACUGCUACCGGCGCAGGGCUUCUUUUCAAACUCUUUCGUCAAUCAAUAUCUUUAAACACAAAGCAAGCCGCCAAUGCUGCCAUCUCGCUUGCCCCGUAUUUUACCAGUAACCGUAGUGCGAGAAAGGCCAUCCAGGCAAAUAUCGCGGAUGAUUUCACAAAUCGCAUAAUUGCUGAGAGCACGAAUAGUCUAGAUAUACACGAUCACCCAAGGGCAAGGAAGGUUUUUCCAAGUUCGAGGAAAUGGAAAAAGAAUCCCAUGCAACAUAUCAGCAGCAGUGCAGCAAGUGCCUCUGGCGCCAUGCACCCAGCAGUCCUAGGCUUCGGCACCACGAAGAGAGUUGCAUUGGACGAUGCGAUCGAUGUGAGGAGCACAACCUACCUUGUAGAGUCUUUAGCCAACGAAGCGAAACAGAUCCAGAUCCAACUGGAAAUACAGACCGUAUCUUCUGUUUGCAGUCCAAUGAGAAACGUGUCCGGAUGCCAAUGUAGGAGUUGA